CAGCUCAGGUGGAUGUUUGUAUUUUAGUAACUACUGUGUACUGGAUGUGACGUUUGUUUCCGCCUGUUUCUACUGCUAAUUUUAAGGACAGUUAGCUUAGCCGUAGCUAGCCGGCUAAGAACAGUUUGUAGGGAACUUGACCGUUAACGUUAACCAGCUCUGUCGAUAACGAUUUUCUAGGACUGAAGACGGCUGAACAGCUCCAGUUGUACAUUAUUAGUUAUAUAGUGAGGCUUCGUGUCAUUGUGGGUUACUGGAGUGUUGUGAUGUGUCAUGUAGCUGCUACACCAACAUUAUAACCUGACAAAGGUAGACACUCCCACUGCAGGACCUGAAGUGCAGUCAGAUAUGGUCUGGAAGAGCAAGAAGUCUUUAGAGGAUUAAUCUAUAAAAGAGAGUUUCGAAGGUGCUUGCCAUGGAGCCGGCCUGGCGACAGCAGGGCAGGGGGCGUGGCCGGAGUCAGGAGGGUCAGGGUGAAAGGUCCCAACCCCCCCAGAAGGAGAGAGAGAGGCCGGGGGCCGCUGUAGCAGGAGUGUGGGGGGCAGGACGAGGAGGGAGGGCGAAGUCCGCCACAACACCUGAACCUCAACGCGGUGUGUCGGUCCAGUCCAAGUUUGAGGAGAUCAGGAAGUCCAACCAGGCUGCUGCUCAGCGAUUGGCGGAGAGCCGUAUCAGCUCCUCCUCCUCUGAUGAAGAUGACGGCGAUGAUGAUGAUGAUGAUGAUGGAGCUGUUGACCGUAAGGAUGGGAAGAGAGGGAAGAUCCUGUCCUCGACCUUCACCACCUACACUGACCAGACAGGUGGUGAUGCCACAGGUCUGGUCAGAACUGGUCAGUAUGUCAGCGACCUGUUUCAAUCUGGAGCUCUCACCUGUCUGAUCUGCAUCGCCUCCGUCAAGAGGACACAGGCGGUGUGGAGCUGCUCCAGCUGUUUCUGUCUCUUCCACCUCCCCUGUAUUCAGAAGUGGGCCAGAGACUCGGCCUUCCUCGUCUCCUCCGUCACCGAUGAAGACUUCGGUCAGAAGCAGCAUCCCUGGCCCUGUCCAAAGUGUCGGGCAGAAUAUCCACCCAGUGCCACACCCAACAGGUACAUGUGUUACUGUGGGAAACUGCAGGAUCCUCCAGCUGAUCCCUGGUUGGCUCCUCACUCCUGCGGCUCCGUCUGUCAGAAGGAGCUCAAACCCACCUGUGGACACACCUGUCUGCUGCUCUGUCACCCUGGUCCCUGCCCUCCGUGUCCAAAGAUGGUGGCAGUUUCCUGUAUGUGUGGCAAGGCUAAGCCCCUUCCCCGUCGCUGUAGCAACAAGGCCUGGUCGUGUCAGCAGCAGUGCAACAAGCUGUUACCCUGCAAACAGCACACCUGUACAAAGCCCUGUCACACAGAGUGCUCUCCCUGUCCCAGAGUCAGUGUUCAGAAGUGUGUGUGUGGUCGAGAGAAAGCAGAGAGACCCUGCGCCAGCCCUGAGUGGAACUGCCAACAGGUGUGUGGCUCUCUCCUCUCCUGUGGGAAUCACACCUGUGAGGUUUUGUGUCAUGAUGGAGUUUGUCCUCCGUGUCCUCGCUCCGUCAGCAGAUCCUGUCCGUGUGGCAAGACCAAGUCGUCUCUGCCGUGCACAGAGGAAGUGGUGCCGUGCGGCGACACGUGCGACCGCCGUCUGUCGUGUGGGAAACACACCUGUUCAAUGAGGUGUCACCGAGGGAGCUGCGAGACCUGCAGACAGGAGGUGGAGAAGGAGUGUAGGUGUGGUAAAUACAGGAAGUUGAUGCCGUGUCAUAAAGAAUACCUGUGUGACUCCAAAUGUCCAAAAACCAGAAGCUGCCAGAGACACCAGUGCAGGAGGAAGUGUUGCCCUGGUAACUGCCCUCCAUGUGACCAGAGCUGUGGUCGAACUCUGGGGUGUCGCAACCACAAGUGUCCCUCUGGCUGUCACCAAGGUAGUUGUUAUCCCUGUCCGGAGUCGGUGGAGGUCAGAUGUACAUGUGGCUCCACCAUCUUGGCGGUCCCUUGUGGGCGAGAACGGAGCACCAAACCACCUCGCUGCAAAGAGACCUGCAGGUGUCCUCCAUCCUGCCACCAUCCGACCAGAGAGACCCACCGGUGCCACCCCGGGCCCUGCCCCCCCUGCAGACAGCCCUGCCUGCUGGCGCUGCCCGGCUGCAGCCACACCUGCCCCCAACCCUGCCACGACCUGGUGCUCGUCAAGUCCCAACAGGUGCAGUUAGCCGGUCCGUGGGAGCAGCCGUCUGAACCAGCGUUUGUAAAGAAAGCUCUGCCAUGUCCGCCAUGUCAAGUCCCGAUACCAACGGCCUGUUUUGGAGAACAUGAGGUCAGCCCCGUGCCGUGUCAUCGCCAGGGGCGAUUCUCCUGUCAACGACCUUGCGGACGACCUUUGACCUGCGGAAACCACAACUGCAGCAGGGAGUGUCACCUGGUUACCAAGAGCAAACAGUGUGAGGUGUGUGAGGACGGCUGCUCUAAGCCCCGUCCCCCUGGCUGCCCCCACACCUGUCCCCGCCCCUGUCACCCCGGCAACUGCCCCCCCUGCAGCCAGAUGAUCCGCCAGCGCUGCCACUGCAAGAUCAGCAUGCUCUACGUGGAGUGCACGAAGUUGACAUCAGCUGAUGAACAGAUGAAGGUGGAGUUGGGCUCCUGCAACAACCAGUGUCCUAAAGAGCUGAGCUGUGGUCAUCGCUGUAAGCAGGUGUGUCAUCCAGGAGUGUGUGAGGAGAAAUGUCAGCAGAAGGUGAAGCUCCGAUGUCCCUGCAAGAGGAUCAAGAAGGAGUUCCCGUGCGCUCUGUCGGAUCAGUAUGUUCAGUGUGACGACGCCUGCAGAGACCAGCAGAGGAAAGUCAGCCAGCUGAAGGAGGCGGAGCAACGGGCAUCUCAGGUGGAGGAGCAGAAGAAACUUCAGGAGGAGGUGGAGGCGUUCGAGAAGCGUCAGCAGCGAGGAGGUCGGAGGAGCAAGAAGCGGGGAAGGAGGGAGGAGGUGGACGAUGAGGUGGGGAGGGUGGGGAGAUGGUGGAGGAGGUGUGCAGCCUUUGUCCUCGUCCCGCUGGGUGGAGCUCUGCUGUCCGCCGCCGCCUACUACCUCCUGACCACGCCCUGAACCGAUACAUUAACACACGUUAACAUAAACGUGAAGAUGUGAAGAAAUGUGCGUCAGCUGUGUUUCUAUUUUUACUGUCUUCACGUCUGAAAUAAGACAGAAUGAAAUAAAACAGACUGUUCUCUGGG